AAGCUAAUGGAGUUAACUCUUGAACUAAAUUGAUAUAUGAUUUCAUAGUUUAAAAACUUAUUUAAUAACUUUUUUAGUUUACAUACCAAAAUCAUUUAGGGCUAUUUAGGACAUUAUCCCUAAUAAUUAAUCUCCGUUUCCCAUCCAUCCAAGCCAUUUUUCUUUUCCCAAACCAUCCAAACCUAAUUCACCUCGCCAUUUGUUAGCUUGGGGUCAGUGAAACUGAAGACAUGAAAGGUGAAUUUCAUUUUAGUUAAUUAAGAGGAAAGUGAGGGAUUGGGACAUAGCUUUCCUAUUUUGUGAUUGGUAAUUAUCAAAGCUUGUUUUUCAGCUGUCCCCGAACCCAGGUAUGCCUGUUGUUUGUAUCCCUGCUAUUUUGGUAACACAGUUCCAAUUGGUUUUGGGUACAGUUAGAAAUAUUCUGUCAGCUUUUAGGGAGACAUCUGGUGCCUGAUAUACUGAUCAGCUGCAAUGAGUACAUCCAAAGGGAAAAAACUUUCUGGGAUGCAGAAACAAGUACUUAGUCUCUACCGAGGAUUUUUGCGAGCAGCUCGUUCAAAGCCUACUGAAGAUCGACGCCAGAUUGAAUCAAUUGUCUCGGCUGAGUUCCAGCGCAAUUCCAAGCAAGUAGAUCGCAAAAAUUUCCUCUAUAUUGAAUAUUUGCUUCGACGUGGUAAGAAGCAACUUGAUCAGCUAAAGAGUCCCGAUACUAUGGGGUUAUCAGCUUUCAAUGUCAGUUCGUCUAAGAAACAAAAUGCUAAGACUUGAACACAAUAUUUGUUGGUUAUCAUAUUUUUCUGGAAAAACUGAUUGUUCUUUAAUUGAUUGUCAGAGAAACAGGAACUGCAUUACAAUAAUAUCAAUGUUUUUAACAUAUUGAAUCUCUUGUUACUUUCUUGUACUCAAUGCUGGCCGGGAAAAGGCUGUAAUUUGAAAUUAAUAAAAAUAUUCCCUUGAAAUUCAAUGGUUUUUGUGAUUUUUCUGAUUCAACUUUUUUUUUUUCAUCGAAUUUCUAUAUAAAGAGAUUGUGCUGCUGUUUUAGGUCAGUUUUUCUAUUUAGGUUUGCCUCUCCUCUUGGAUGUCAACAUUAAGAUUUAUAUCUGAUCUUCAAUUCA